CCAAGGGCUAACGCUGAGAGGUGAGUCAGUCACCUUGAGCGGGGCGAGCGCCGUGGGCCGAGCAGGGGCUGCGGGGCAGUGGGAGUGCAGACUGAAACAAUGCAGGCCACCGGGUCGCUACUCAUUUCUCCGGCUCUGGUCCGCUGUUGUACCAGGGGCCUACUCAGGCCUGUGUCUGCCUCCUUCCUGAGCAGGCCAGAGGACUUGCCUAAACAGCCUUCCUGCAGCAGCUCCCCACUCCAGGUCGCCCGGCGGGAAUUCCAGACCAGCGUUGUCUCCCGGGACAUCGACACGGCGGCCAAGUUCAUCGGUGCUGGGGCCGCCACAGUCGGUGUGGCUGGCUCAGGAGCUGGCAUUGGCACAGUGUUCGGCAGCUUGAUCAUUGGCUAUGCCAGGAACCCGUCUCUCAAGCAGCAGCUCUUCUCCUAUGCCAUUCUGGGCUUUGCGCUGUCCGAGGCCAUGGGGCUCUUCUGUUUGAUGGUCGCCUUCCUCAUCCUCUUCGCCAUGUGAGGCUCCAUGGGAGUUGCCGACCUGUUCCUGCUGGUUGGACUCCAUGCCGAUCCUGGUGCUGGAGUGCGCUGAACUUUACCAUUAAACGACGUUUCUCUACACCCACA